AUGCCAUCACGUCGAGAUCCGACUCUGGGCCCACGGGUCUCAAUCUCCUCCUUCGGUCCCACCAUCGAACAACCAAAAUGCGGAUACUGCACCGAAGAAGCUUCCAUUCCAUGCACAACCUGCAAUGCUACCUGGUACUGUACAUCAGCUUGCCAGAAAGUGGAUCGCGAUGUCCAUGACAUCAUUUGCCAGAAAUACACAGAUUUCAUCGCUGCGCACCCAUGUCCCGAAGAUACUGUGGAUAAAAAAUACAGACUUGGUCUCCUAUUACCGGUCGGUUCGGAAGAGUUCGAAUUAGCGUGGAUCGCAAAUGGUUCUAAUGGAAAAUCAGUUGCAACAUUUCUUCAGUAUUACGACCAAGAUCGGAUUAAUACGCGGAAUACUCUUGUGGAUUUCAACAUGGCAAGCAAGAAGUUUGAUCAUUCUAUUAUUUUGGCUGUUCGAGGGAAUUUUCUGACGGAUAACUCGUCACCGAAUGCUUGCAUUAAUCAUAUUAUGGAUGGGAAUGUGAAGUUCGGUUUGAAGGGCCCGGUUGCUGUUGUUAGAGAGCGUGGUUGGGGAGCAGUUGGAAGCGCCCAGCAUUUUCAACCUUGCGACUUUAGGAUUCUAAUUGAUUUUCUCUUCAACUAUGAGGGAAAGCCAAAUAUUGAUAUUGGACACGCUUGCGGUGAGCGAUCGAAAGGCGCUUUGGGUACAUCAGUGAGCCGCGUUUUCAAGUUCCUCAAGAAGAAAUCUCAAGAUGGAAAGGAAAAGUCCAAGAACACUCAUUUCGACGACAAAGAACGCAGAAUCUACAGAAAGCGUGCCGAAACAUUUACGGAACCAGAUUGGAUGGGAAAUACGGAAACCUUUCUCCCGAUACACAACAUACAGCACUCGCAGUCGAGUAUCAAUCUUGGUAGUUUCAAAGACGAUGCUUCGUCGCUACAUGAGACCGAGUCAUUUCUCAUUCCAGAUUUCCUACCCGAUUGGAUUAGGGAGUCGGAUGCAAUCGCCGCUGGUCCUGGGACCUAUUCCGAAACAGCGCCAUCCCUUUCAAUUAAUACAGAGAAGGCUCUUGAAGAAUCUGUUAGUAUUCACAGUACGAUAACCACUCCAGUAUCGCCAGCUUCCUCCCUUGCGACGACUACCAAUCAAUCUCAUCACAAAGAAAAUGUUUCUCUCAGAGAAUCCCUCAAUAUUUGCGACCUCUACAGCUUGAAAAGAAACAGAGGUAACAAUGACGAUUCCGCAUCUAUUUUCUCAAAGGGACCAAGCCCAUCAAUCAUAACCACUACUUCAUUCUUCCAACCCAGGAGACUUCUCCAACUCAGACCUACAAUUAGAAAAGUGGAAACUCCCUCGACAUUAAACAGAACAUCAUCUUUUUUCACUCGUCCAAAAUCGAAAAGUGUCGAGUUAACCCGCGAGCAUGUGGUGCUUCAAAGAAGUAUGACUGGUUCAAUCAUGUCGCCAUGGACUGUAUAG